AGCAGAAGCAGGAGAGCUGGGAGGAAGAAGGAGCAGAUCCCCAACCAUGAGCUCCAGCCAGCCAGGGACCUGCCCGUGUCAGGGUGCUGCAGGCCGCCCAGCCAUUCUCUAUGCACUUCUGAGCCCCAGCCUCACGGCCAGGCCCCCAGUGCCCCCGGUUCAGAGUCGCUGCUUGUGCAGACAGCACCGGCCUGUCCGGCUGUGUGCCCCGCAUCGCACCUGCCGGGAGGCCUUGGAUGUUCUGGCCAGGACAGUAGUCUUCCUCAAGAACCUGCCGUCCUUCUGCCAGCUGCCCCCUCAAGAUCAGCAGCUGCUGCUGCGGGUCUGUUGGGGCCCCCUCUUCCUGCUGGGGUUGGCCCAAGACACUGUGACUUUCGAGGUGGCUGAGGCGCCGGUUCCCAGCAUACUCAAGAAGAUCUUGCUGGAGGAGCCCAGUAGUGGUGCACGCAGCGGCCAGCUGCCCGAUCGGCCCCAGCCCUCACUGGCUGCUGUACAGUGGCUUCAGUGCUGCCUGGAGUCCUUCUGGAGCCUGGAGCUGGGCCCCAAGGAAUACGCCUACCUGAAAGAGACCAUCCUCUUCAAUCCUGGCUUGCCAGGCCUCCACGCCUCCUCCCACAUCGGACACCUGCAGGAAGAGGCUCAUCAUGCGCUAUGUGAGGCCCUGGAGCCCUGGUGCCCAGCAGGCCAAGGUCGCUUGGCCCGUGUCCUCCUCACAGCCUCCACCCUCAAGUCCAUCCCGCCCAGCCUCCUUGGGGACCUCUUCUUCCGCCCUAUUGUUGGAGACAUUGACAUCGCUGGCCUCCUUGAGGACAUGCUUUUGUUGAGCCAACCUGUUCCAGCCCAGGCAGAGAUCAAGUGGAGGUUGGGCAAAGGCUGGCAGCACUGAUUUGGCCCAGCUGUCCCCAGGGAUACCUGAUGCCCCCAGAGGGAGCAAGUUUGUACAGGCAGCACUCAGCCUCCCUGGAACAAGCCUGUCCUGCCCCAGAGAGAUGGGCUAGGGGCACUCCCCACCUCACUCACCACACGGCCCCCACUGGCCUUUCUUGGUUUGACGUGGUGCUCCAGCUGUCUGGAGCUGGAGUGGUCCUCUGGCUUCUGGGCUAAGACUCCUGACCCCUUCUGAGAUGGGGAUGGCAGUUAGGUUGCUCAAUGGGACAAGUCCUACUGACUUUGUAUAGAAAUGAUUUAAGUUAUUGGUUUUUGUAAUAAAAGGCAUGAUACCCUUGGA